AUGGAUAUAACUGUGCCCGAAAAUGAUUCAUCGAGACCAAAUUCAAUUAAAUGUUUCCCUUAUUCAAGAUCACUUCCGACGCCCAAUGAUAAUUGUACAUUUGGGCAAAGACAACAGCUGAACAUGGCUACAUCAUACUUGGAUUUGAGCCAAAUAUACGGAAACACAAAUAAGGUGGCAAACAAAAUGAGACUUUUUAGAGAUGGAAAACUUGCUCUGAGAACUGUAGCUGGUCUCUCUAAUAGAUUAGGAAUCCCACCAGCUUCCGAAGAUGGGUCUAUUUGUAAAGCUUACGCUGGAAAACCAUGCCUUUUAGCAGGAAGCACUAGGAUAAACUUCCUUCCAACUUCUGGAGUGAUCUACACGAUCUGGAUGAGGCAACAUAACCUAAUUGCUGAUAAAUUGAAAUCUGUCAAUCCGGAAUGGAAUGACGAAAAACUUUUCGAGGAGUCUCGAAAAAUUACGAUUGCCCAAUAUCAGCAUAUUGUUUUCAAUGAAAUGCUUCCUAUCCUUGUUGGCAAAGAGCAGCUGAGAUCUAUGGGUCUUAAGUUGCGUACCAACGGCUAUGAUAGUGGCUAUGAUUUGAAAAUUGAUGCAUCAACGUCAAAUGUUUUUGCUGCAGUUGUUGGGCAAUUUUUUUUCACUUUAUUGCCAAAUGUGUUUUACACAGACGAAAAAAAGUUUACGCGCGGAGAAGCGUUGUCCAGACAUUUUAACGAUCCGUCUCUUAUUUAUGAACAUGGAAAAAUUGAUGGAAUUUUGAAGUUUCUGAUUAAUAAUCCAAUUGAGAAGCCGGGAUUACAUGUGACAACUCAGCUAAAAACAACGUUUAUUAAUAAGGAUCCGUCUGAUUCGAUUGAUAUGGUCGCAAUGGUGAUACAGAUGGGAAGGGAUCAUGGAAUCCCAAGCUUCCUGGAGUGGCGAAACUUUUGCCAAUUAGAAGAGCACAGAUCUUUUGCUUCUCUUAAAAAUAUAUUUAAGACUUCUGUUAACAUCACUGAUCUUGAAAAACUUUAUGAUUCUCCUGAAGAUAUUGAUUUGUUUGUUGGAGGACUUGCAGAGCAGCCUGUGCCUGGAGCCUUGCUUGGCCCAACAUUUGCUUGCCUCUUUGCCCAUCAAAUGUCCCAGACUAAAAAAGGAGAUCGAUUUUGGUACGAAAACUUUGUCUCUCCAUCUUCAUUCACUACGGAACAGAUUGAUGAAAUACGCAAAACGACUAUGGCCAGAAUCCUUUGCGAUAAUACUCAACAGAUUUCGCACGUUCAACAUCAGGCUUUUUCUCUUCCUGACGAUUAUGGGAAUUGUCCAGUUACCUGUGACUCUAGUGCUAUUAUUCCGUCGUUUAACCCAAUUUCAUUCAAGGAAGGCGAGAAAUUGUAUUCUGCUCCUAUAACCCCAAAAAUUGUGGAAAAAGCUAUCCGUCUCGGAAUAGAACAAUUCAAGAGAUAUGAGGAGGGAGAAGGAAGAAGAAUUCAAGCAUUAAAUCAAGAUCCGAAUCCAUCUGGGUUGUUAUCACAUGCCCUUCUCAUGGCCCCAAAAAAGGAAUCAGUUGAUAUUGCACGAACUGCGUCGGUACUACGAGAAGCAACUAAUAUUUUGAUCACCGGAGAAGGACUGAGCAAAGAAGAGAAACUUGAUAAUCUUGAUAUUGCAACUCUCCAACAAAUUUUACCGCAAAUUGAAGUUGACAAGAUUAUUAAUAAUUUUGAGCCUUUUCUAGGACGUGAUCCUCUUCCAAAAGAACAAUGUCUUCCCGAGCCUCUUCCUUGCGAUCAUACAAAUAAAUAUCGUAGUUACACUGGAUGGUGCAACAAUUUGAAGUAUCCAAAAUUCGGAAAUGCUUUCAAUCAGAUGCGAAGAAUUCUUGAUCCUGCAUAUGAUGAUGGAUUCGAUUCACCACGAACUAGAUCUGUUGAUGGCGGCGAACUCCCUUCGGCUCGAAGAAUUUCGAAUGUGGUUCACGCAGAUGCUCCGGAAUUCCACGUUAAAUUUACACACAUGCUUAUGCAAUUCGGUCAGAUUCUUGAUCAUGACAUGAUGCAUUCUCCUAUCGCUAGAGGUCCACAUAAUACUAUUUUAAACUGUUCUUCUUGUGAUUCUGCUGAGACUCUUUCAAUUCAUUGCUUUCCGAUUAAGAUUGAAGAAGGAGAUCCUUUCUUCCCAGCUCGUGAACCAAAUGGAAAACCAAGGUGUAUGCCUUUUGCAAGAAGUUUAUUAGCGCAAGUCAAUUUAGGCUACCGUAACCAGCUCAAUCAACUAACAUCCUUUCUUGAUGCUUCUUACAUUUAUGGAUCAACACAAUGUGAAGCUAAUCGAUUAAGAUUGUUUAGCGACGGAAAACUCAACUUCACUGAUUUGGGUUUCAAUAAAGAAGCGCUUCCUCAAGGAAAUCAAGAAAGAGACUGUCGAUCUAUUCUGAAAUUCCCUCAAAAAAGAUGUUUUGUCGCUGGGGAUGAACGAAGCAACGAACAACCUGGACUCACUGCUAUUCAUACAAUUUUUCUCCGAGAACAUAAUCGAAUUGCACGAGUUUUAAAGCAGUUCAAUAAUUUCUGGUCAGAUGAGAAACUGUUCCAAGAAGCUCGACGGAUCAAUAUUGCGCAACUGCAGAAUAUCAUUUUCAAAGAAUGGCUUCCAGUAGUUUUAGGAUGUGAAAAUAUGGAGAAAUUCGGAUUAAUGCCGCAAUCAACAGGAUAUUUUGAAGAAUAUGACGAUAAAUGUGAUCCGACGAUAUCACAGGAGAUGUCAACGGCAGCAUUUAGAUUUGGACACACGUUAAUUCGCGGAGUUUUUAAUCGAAUGAAUGAGGGCUUCCAAAAUGGAACACAACAUGUGAAUUUAACGGAAACUUUUUCGGAUCCGUCUCCAAUUUACGAAAAAAAUUUGGGACACAUGGAAUCUAUCUUAAUGGGUCUAAUUGGUGUAAACAGUAUGGCUUUUGAUCGGCAUAUUGUCAGUGCUGUUCGAAAUCAUCUUUUUGCAAGGCCGGGUGCUCCCUUGACAGGUCUCGAUUUGCCAGCCGUUAAUAUUCAACGAGGGCGAGAUCAUGGAAUCAGAGGGUACAAUGCUUAUAGAAAAUGGUGCGGUCUUCGUGAAGCUCGUAAAUUUUCGGACUUGCGCGAUGUUAUGAAUGCUGACGCAGUUACAGCUUUAGAGACUGUCUAUUCGCAUGUUAACGAUAUUGACCUAUUCCCGGGGAUAAUGAGUGAGACCCCAACGCGAGGAGCUCUUGUUGGACCAACCUUGGCAUGUUUAAUCGGAGAGCAAAUGCAGAGACUUAAAAAAUGCGAUCGUUUUUAUUAUGAGAAUAAUUUACCUAUGAUUCGAUUUACACCUGAUCAGCUCGCUGAAAUUCGAAAAGCAAGCAUGGCUCGUAUUAUCUGCGAAAAUAGCGAAUAUGCAGCUAAAAUCCAGCCGAACGUUUUCCUGAUGCCGGAUGACCUUGGCAACGCUCCUCUGACAUGCUCAGAAAUACCAGAAAUCGAUCUUACAAAAUGGACUGAACGCGAAUAUUGUAUUAUUGACGAAAGAGUUAUCAGUCGCGGUAAAACGAAGAGAAUAACUCCAUGUGUAACUUGCACUUGCACACUGGAAGGUCCCGAAUGUCAUUCAAUAACGAAAAACGAUUGUCAAACCCUUCUACGAGAUUAUUCGAUAUCGGCAAUUGAAAAAGAUCCUGUAUGCUUGAUUCAAUGCGCACAUCAUCUUAAGAAGUUUUAA